CAGUCAGAGAGACAGAGAGAGAGAGGGAGAAAAUAAUGAAAUAAAUCGCCGGGAGAAGAAGAGAGGCAUCGGGGAGAGAGAGGAGGGGAUGUAGCUACGUUUCCUUCCCGACCCAACGUACACACCAGCCAGGAUAAUGUGCUGAAGGAGCCAGAAAGAAAAGGAGGAAGGACACCGAAUCGAUCUACCGCCGCGGGGCCAGAAGAUGGAGGAAGCUCUACCGAGUAAACGGACACCUCUUCCAGGCCAAGCGCUUUAACAGGAAAGCGUACUGUGGCCACUGCAGUGAAAGGAUAUGGGGGCUGGGGAGGCAGGGCUACAAGUGUAUCAACUGCAAACUGCUGGUCCAUAAGCGCUGUCACAAACUCGUCCCUCUGACCUGCCAAAGGCAUAUGGAUCCAGUCAUGCCAUCACAGGAGCCCCCUUUAGAUGAGAAGAAUGAAGAGGUGGACCUCCCCCCUGAACACACAGAGGAUACAGAUGGAAUAACUUUCCUACCACACAGUCGCAAAGUGGACAAAGUGGAAGAGGACUCGAAGGACAUCAAAGAGGUGGUGGGCAGGAUAGAUGGUAUCAAGAUCUCCCAGGAGAUGGCGCUGGGCCUGGGGGACUUUGACCUGAUCCGUGUGAUCGGCCGCGGCAGCUACGCCAAGGUGCUGCUGGUGCGACUCAAGAAGAAUGAACAGAUUUACGCCAUGAAGGUGGUCAAGAAGGAACUGGUGCACGACGAUGAGGACAUUGACUGGGUGCAGACAGAGAAGCAUGUGUUUGAGCAGGCGUCUACCAAUCCGUUUUUAGUGGGCCUUCACUCCUGCUUUCAGACAGAGAGCCGGUUAUUUCUCGUGAUCGAGUACGUCAACGGAGGGGAUCUGAUGUUUCAUAUGCAACGGCAACGGAAACUACCAGAAGAACAUGCGAGAUUCUAUGCUGCUGAAAUUUGUAUCGCUCUGAAUUUCCUGCACGAAAAGGGAAUCAUCUACCGAGAUUUGAAACUGGACAACGUCCUCUUGGAUCACGAGGGACACAUCAAGCUCACAGACUACGGGAUGUGCAAGGAGGGCAUCAGACCUGGAGACACCACCAGUACAUUCUGUGGAACCCCCAACUACAUCGGCCCUGAGAUCCUCAGAGGGGAAGACUAUGGGUUCAGUGUUGACUGGUGGGCGUUAGGCGUGCUUAUGUUUGAGAUGAUGGCCGGGAGGUCCCCUUUUGACAUCAUCACCGACAAUCCUGACAUGAAUACCGAGGAGUACCUCUUCCAAGUUAUUCUGGAAAAAACUAUUCGCAUCCCAAGGUCCCUGUCGGUAAAGGCUGCCAGCGUGCUGAAGGGCUUUUUAAACAAGGACCCCAAAGAGCGUCUGGGUUGCCAGGUCCAAACGGGCUUCGCUGACAUCAAGUCGCACACGUUUUUCCGCAGUAUAGACUGGGACCAGCUGGAGAAGAAACAGAUGGCCCCGCCUUUCAAGCCCCAGAUCACAGACGACUACGGCCUAGAGAACUUUGACACCCAGUUCACCAACGAACCAGUGCAGCUUACACCGGACGACGAGGACAUCAUCAAGAGAAUAGACCAGUCUGAGUUUGAGGGAUUUGAAUACAUCAACCCCCUGCUGCUAUCCACGGAGGAGUCUGUAUGAGGGGGAGGAGACCUCCUUUUCUUCUCCCACCUGUGUCUGUCUACUGCCCCGUCCACCCCCACCCCUCUCUCAGCCAAAUCAAUGAACAACUCCCUCUGGCGAGGAGGAGUGGGAUGGAGGGAGAACAAAGGGAGGACAAGAAAUUCUCGGCUUUGCACGAGGGACGAGGCUCGAGGACACAAAUGCAAAAAGGAGCCUUUUUUCUUUUGUCGUGGAUCUCCCACAAUGGAUUGCAUUAUUCUGUCGCCGGGGAAAAACUCUUUGGAGGUGGUCAACACAACAAAAUACACAGGAACAUUCUCAAAACUCAGUUGUUGAUUGUCUUCCUGUUUUUUUGGCUUCGCGGUUUUGAUUGUUUCCCCCAGCAACUCAAUUUCUGUGUCAGCAGCACGGCAGAAAGCAACGUAAUUCUGUGCCUGCCAUUGUAGAACCCGACUUUUACAUCCCCCCCCCCCCCCCCCCCCGGUGGAAUAUGAAGGUUCUACGACUCAGAACUUGAAUUUAUGUUGUAGGAAGCUUCGCUGCCUCGAGCAAAACUAGAAUGUACAAUGAUGAAGGAAAAAAAUAAUGCUAGAAGUUAUUCUUGUGUAUUCUACUGUAGGUAGCUGUCUUUUUAUUGAUUCUAAAUGGUUCCUUUUAUUCAUGACCAUGGACUUCGUUUAUUUUCUUCAGCCAGUUUGAUUUUCAGCCAAUUCAUUUUUUAAUUUAAGAAGUGCCUCAAAGAUCUAAUCUACAUCAUGUUUCUGAUUGCACUCAGCGAUUGUUUCCAUUUCCCUUCAGCUGCCUGGGUGGUUGGUCAGUUCCAUUCAGCUGCCUGGGUGGUCGGUCAGUUCCCUUCAGCUGCCUGGUGGGUUGGUCAGUUCCAUUCAGCUGCCUGGGUGGUCGGUCAGUUCCAUUCAGCUGCCUGGGUGGUCGGUCAGUUCCCUUCAGCUGCCUGGUGGGUCGGUCAGUUCCCUUCAGCUGCCUGGUGGGUUGGUCAGUUCCCUUCAGCUGCCUGGGUGGUUGGUCAGUUCCCUUCAGCUGCCUGGGUGGUUGGUCAGUUCCCUUCAGCUGCCUGGUGAGUUGGUCAGUUCCCUUCAGCUGCCUGGUGGGUUGGUCAGUUCCCUUCAGCUGCCUGGUGGGUUGGUCAGUUCCCUUCAGCUGCCUGGAGGGUUGGUCAGUUCCCUUCAGCUGCCUGGUGGGUUGGUCAGUUCCCUUCAGCUGCUUGAUGGGUUGGUCAGUUCCCUUCAGCUGCCUGGUGGUUGGUCAGUUCCCUUCAGCUGCCUGGUGGGUUGGUCAGUUCCCUUCAGCUGCCUGGUGGGUUGGUCAGUUCCCUUCAGCUGCCUGGGGGGUUGGUCAGUUCCCUUCAGCUGCCUGGGGGGUUGGUCAGUUCCCUUCAGCUGCCUGGGGGGUUGGUCAGUUCCCUUCAGCUGCCUGGUGGGUUGGUCAGUUCCCUUCAGCUGCCUGGGGGGUUGGUCAGUUCCCUUCAGCUGCAUGGUGGUUGGUCAGUUCCAUUCAGCUGCCUGGUGGUUGGUCAGUUCCAUUCAGCUGCCUGGUGGGUUGGUCAGUUCCCUUCAGCUGCCUGGGUGGUUGGUCAGUUCCCUUCAGCUGCCUGGUGGGUUGGUCAGUUCCAUUCAGCUGCCUGGUGUGUUGGUCAGUUCCAUUCAUCUGCCUGGUGGGUUGGUCAGUUCCAUUCAGCUGCCUGGGUGGUUGGUCAGUUCCCUUCAGCUGCCUGGGUGGUUGGUCAGUUCCCUUCAGCUGCCUGGUGGGUUGGUCAGUUCCCUUCAGCUGCCUGAUGGGUUGGUCAGUUCCCUUCAGCUGCCUGGUGGGUUGGUCAGUUCCCUUCAGCUGCCUGGUGGGUUGGUCAGUUCCCUUCAGCUGCCUGAUGGGUUGGUCAGUUCCCUUCAGCUGCCUGGUGGGUUGGUCUGCUGGUGAAGAAAGCCAUUGGAACACAUCAUUCAUAAAGACCACAGGUCCUCAAUUCUAAGAAGUUUUCAUGCACUGAUUUGUUCAUUAAUUGUGCAUACACUAAAAUGUAAACUAUGCCAAUGUUUUAAGAGUUAAAGAUUUAACAACCUUCAGCUUGAUGAUCACCCUGAGCUUGAUCAUCACAACACAAACUAUCGUCUGUGGGUGAACAGAAUUCUGAACGAUAAUGCAUAGUCCUCCGCACUAAAGUCUGGGCUACACUACGUCACUUAGAACAUCUUAACAAUUCCAAGUUGCCAUAGUACGUUGCCAUGGUAAGUUGCCAUAGUACGUUGCCAUAAACAGCAUAAAGAUGUAAGUUAGUUGAUCGCCGUAGAUUGUGAGUGAAGUACGUUUUAAUGGGGAACUCGUUCUAAAUUGUGCAUUGUCACAUUUUGAGAACUGAUCGAACGCUCAAAUGUUGUAUAACAACUCAUUUUAUAAAUGAGGCCCCAUGUCUUAUGCCAUUUGAAUGGUUGCUUCUUUAAAAUGAACGUUGUGGAGCACAGUAGCCAGCUUCUGAUGAAAGCAUGGUUAUAUAUGGUUAAAUACAGUACAGGGCUACAUCACUCCUGAAUGAUUGAACCUUUUAACUUAUUGUCUGCGUACACUGGUGCAAAAUGUGACAAACUGUGUUGGAUGUCAGUGACUGGCAGGCUGGUGAUUUGGACUUUGACUGCACAGCAGAAGGCUACACUGAUUAUAAUAGUUGAGGGCUGGACAUGGUGGUGGGGGAAGACAUUGUUAAGGUGCACAUGCUGACCUGCACUACAACUGACCUGUAAUCAGUGAAUAGGGGCGAGAUUAAUGAAGCUGUGGCAUAUCCACAGAUUAGUCGCAUACUCGAGAAAACACACACACACACACACACACACACACACACACACAGUUCAACAAGCAAGCAUUCUCUUCAUCUACGUAAGGGGAGAUUCCACUUUUUCAAAGCCCUUUUACUUUUGAUAUCACAUCAGUGUCACCAUUUUGUUUUAUUUAUGAACUGUGUUUUAUGUUGAACUCAAAAGGAAUACAUUCACAUGACAUUGUCUGGCGAGAGACCAACGGAUUAACUGAAGCGGUAGCUCCUGCAAUUGUUGCUAACGCUUAAAAGCAACGGCCAUUUUAAACCAGAAAAAGAGAAAAGAAAGGUUGGAUCUCAAUUGUUUUUUCUUUGAUUCCUCACAUCCUCUAUUCUCGUCUCCUCUCGUCUCCUCUCGUCUCCUCAAAAUGCAUUAGAGCAGAAGACUGGCGGUUCCUCCCAAUACAAUUGAGAUUCCCUUAAAGAGUAUCUGUAAAAAUGGUAUUUAGUACAUGAUUUUUUGUGUGUUUUAAAACAUAUUUGCUGGUUGGAUGUGCUUAAUUCUGCUUUAACGCAUCUCUGUAAAUAUCUGUAAUUAUUAAAAACAAAAAUGUUUUUCCGUGAA